AACCAACAGCAAUUUGUUUUUGAAACCAACUGCAUUUUUAUUUGGGUUCUUUUAAAGAUUCGUCGGGCCCCUAUAAAUGUCCACUCUGUCUUUAUCUUUCUUUCCUACUUCGUAUUAACGCAAAGGCGGAACUCAGACAUGACAUCUAGCUCCGACGAAGCAAUGCCGGGUCACCCAAUCGUGCUUGGUUGUGGUCAACUCUGUUUGGAUUACUUAGUCACUGUACCGUCUUUCCCAGUUCCCGAUCAAAAGAUCCGAGGCACGAGCUUCAAGGUUCAAGGAGGUGGAAACACUGGGAAUACUUUAACAUGCGCUGCUCGUUUGGGUUUGGCUUCUAGGAUCUUAGCUAAGGUUGCUGAUGAUUCUCAAGGGAGAUGGAUGCUAGAGGAACUAGAAUCUAGCGGCGUCGAUUCUUCUUUUUGUGUGAUAGCUAAAGAUGGAGUUUCACAUUUUAAUUACGUCAUUGUAGAUAACCAAAAGAAUACUCGCACGUGUAUUCUCACACCAGGAUAUCCUCCUUUGCUCCCAGAUGACCUUACUGAGUCCCUCCUUUUAGCUGUGCUUGAUGGAGUAAGAGUUCUACAUGUAACUGGGAGGUCUCGUGAAACUGAAUUGCUUCUUGCACAGAAGGCACAUAGCAAGAACGUAUCCAUCUUAAUCAGCGCAGAGAAAAGAAGGCAGGGACUAGAUAAGCUCCUUGACUUAGCUGAUUAUGCCAUUUGCUCUACUCACUUCCCUCAGGAUUGGACUGAGUCACCAACAUCCCCUAGUGCGCUUCUCUCUAUGCUCAUUAGAUUACCAAAGCUAAAAUUUGUGAUCGUGACUUUAGGGGAACAAGGUUGUGUGAUGCUCGAGAGAUGUCCCAAUGAGAUUCCAGAAUCAGAGGAAGAAACAGACAUCGAUGAACUACACGAGUCUCUGAAGCAAAGCACAGACUUUGCAAGUUUUUUACCGGUCUGCAAUUCAUCGACGGUUACUAGACUGAAAGGAAAUGUUACAGGGAGAUUGUGUAUCGUAACAGCUGAGAAAAUACCUUCAUCGGAGAUUAUUGACACAACAGGUGCAGGAGAUGCAUUCACCGGAGCUUUGCUCUAUGGUCUGUGCACAGACAUGGCUUUAGAAGAUACGCUGACAUUUGCAUCUCGAGUCGCAGCUUGUUGCUGCAGAGGUUUAGGGGCUCGAACAACUCUUCCAUUCCGUACUCAUCCAAAUCUUGCAGCUUUCUUGGGGGCAUGACCGUAAUUUGUUUGUCCUUGACGGAUCAACACUCAAGGUCAAGUUCUUAAAAUGGGUCUACAUAUAUUUUUAUUUUAUCAAAUGUGAAAUAAAAUAAUUGAUUUGGAAAAUAAAUAUAAAUUAUUGUUUUAACAAGUUAUAAAAAUCAGAUUCUAUUUUGUGACAUUGUCGUACUUACGUGUGUAUCAUGUGAACUAGCAAUAAUAAAUAAAGUAUUUUGUAAUAACCAAUUA